GCUCGAUAGAUAAAAAAAAAAACUAAUAGAUAAAUAAAUAAACAAAAACUACAUAUCCCGUCAUGCUCCUGCCGGUGGUGCAGCAGUAAAUAAUGCGCUUCCGGUUUUGGCAGUAGUGGUCAUGAAUUAAAGGUUCCGUGUGCUUCAGCGUUGGUUGUAGAAGUGAUAGGCAUUUGCCCGGGUUAUCAUGGCAGCGGCCAAUUGUUCUCUGAGGGUGAACAGGCUCCUGCUGGACCCAAAGUUUGAGAGCUACAAAUUGUCCUUGGACCCCCUCCCGUGUUAUGGUGUGGAGCUGGAUAAUGCUGUCGCAGAAGUGAAGCUCCGGGAUGAUCAGUACACACUGGACCACAUGCGUGCUUAUGGCAUGUAUAAUUAUCUCCAUAGUAAUCCGUGGUCCUCCGAUAGCGUCUUCUACGUGGAUCAGCUUGGAAGAGUCAUGAACAUCAACGUGACCCUGGACACAGCUUUGGGGAAACCAGUAGAAGUCUUCAGAUUGCCAAAUGAUGUGAGCUCCUUUGACGGACGCCUGUGCUCCUCCAUGCACUUCACAUCGCCCGACUGGGUGUCCCUGUCCGAUGGCACCGGAACCUUGUACCUCAUUCACCUUUCAAAGAAUGAUCAGUCUGCCGCAGUUAAAUGGGAACUGAAAUUCAAUGAGGAGCUGGGGGAUCCAUUCAUCAUUCUUCACAGCAUUCUGUACGCCCGGGAUGAGGGGCAGCUCAUAGAUGUUCUGCUAUUAUCAAUUGAAAAAGAUGAAUUGGAUGUUCAAGGCAGCGGAUUCCAUGUUUCCCUGGAGUGGAUAUCUGUAUUAUGUAACCCGAAUCAUGAUAAAUGUGAAAUUUCAAAACGUAGGAAGCUUCAUGGCAAGUCUGUGCCACAUUAUGCGGCUAUUGAACCAGAUGGAAAUGGGUUGACUAUUAUCUCUUACAAACCCUUCAGAUUCAUUGUGGACGAGGACAAUCAACCAGAAGAGGAGAGAAUGGAAGAGGAGGAGAAAAAAGAGCCCCUUUAUACCUGGCAGCAGACAGCAGAAGAUGUGACCCUCGCCUUCCCCCUUCCCGAUGGCAUAACCAAAGAGCACAUUAAGAUCCAUUUUUCUCCCGAUCACUUCAGUAUAUCAUUGAGGGACCAGGAGCCAUUUCUGAAGGGACAGCUUUACUCUGUGAUUGAUCAUGAAAGCAGCACUUGGAUUCUGAAAGAUGAAAGAAGUAUCGAGGUCACAUUGGCAAAGAGAGAUGUGGGCAGUAUGUGGGCAGAAGUGGUUGUUGGCGAUAAACAAGGAGAAUUUGUUGCAGAUCCAGCACAAUGUGCAGCAAUAGCCGAACAGCUGAUGCAUCUCACAUCCGAGGACUUGAACCCAAAUCCAGACACUGAAAAGCCUCCGUGCAAUGCUCAGGAACUGGAAGAGUGCGACAUGUCUCUGGAAGACAGUACAACUUUGUGUAGAUUUGAUGGUAUCACCAUGAAGGCUACUCAUGUGGUAAAUCUUGGAGGAAACCAAUUCCUAUUUUCACUAGUAGCAACUCCAGAAGUGAUGCCAUGCUUUUCUCUGAGACAUGAUGUGGAUGCCCUUCUGUGGCAGCCAGUAUCCAGCAAAGGGGAUCAUUUAUGGGAACAUGCGGCAACAUUCAAUGCUCUUGGAUAUGUCCAAGCAUCAAAGCAAGACAAGAAGUUCUUCACCUGUGCCCCAAACUUCUCCUACGCUGCACUGUGCGAGUGCGUCCGUCGGAUAUUCAUCUACCGCCAGCCGACCCCGGUGUCCACAGUCCUGUACAACAGGAAAGAAGGCAGACAUGUAGGACAGGUUGCUAAGCAGCAGGUAGCGAGUCUAGAGAGCAGAGAACCUAUCUUAGGUUUUCAAGCUUCCAAUGAGCGACUAUUUGUUCUGACCAUAAAGAAAUUAUUUGUAAUACGGGUAAACACUGAAGGCUAAUGAGCCGUCCCCGCACAGCUUUCAUUUCCGCUCGCCGCCGCUCACAAUACUUUACAUCAGCUUUUGAAGUCUGUAUCUUGAAGGCUGCAGCAUUUUAUAAAUGGUUUCAUAAUCUUCUUAUUCACCAAUAAAAUAUUAAAAGCCUACGUA